CACACGGGUGAAUCGAAACAAAGCGUCGCAUCGGCGGUGACGGCGAAACUUUGGAUCCCAUCCACCCCUUCUCCGCUCCUCUUUAAAGCCGCCGCCCGUCCCCCUCUGCGUUCCACCGCACUACCGCCAGCGCAGCGACACCAGAGCUCGUUCGAUAGCUUAGAGCGGAGGCGAGGAGGAGGAGAUGAGGAUGUCGCUGCUGAGAUCCGCGUCGCAGCACCUGCGCCGCCGCCGCGGCUACUCGUCGACGCCCGCGCAGCCGGAGCGGAAGGUGGCCAUCCUCGGCGCGGCGGGCGGCAUCGGCCAGCCGCUGGCGCUGCUCAUGAAGCUCAACCCGCUCGUCUCCUCCCUCUCCCUCUACGACAUCGCCGCCACGCCCGGCGUCGCCGCCGACGUAUCCCACAUCAACACCCGCGCCCUGGUGAAGGGGUUCGUCGGGGACGACCAGCUCGGGGAGGCGCUGGAGGGCGCCGACCUCGUCAUCAUCCCCGCCGGGGUGCCCCGCAAGCCCGGCAUGACCAGGGACGACCUCUUCAAGAUCAACGCAGGGAUCGUCAAGGGCCUCUGCACCGCCAUCGCCACGCACUGCCCCAACGCUCUCGUCAAUAUGAUCAGCAACCCUGUCAACUCGACUGUCCCAAUUGCAGCUGAGGUGUUCAAGAAGGCUGGUACCUAUGAUGAGAAGAAGCUGUUUGGUGUGACCACUCUUGAUGUUGUUCGUGCUAAAACAUUCUAUGCUGGAAAGGCGAACGUGCCAGUUACUGGGGUGAAUGUUCCUGUUGUUGGUGGCCAUGCUGGAAUCACUAUCCUGCCACUGUUCUCACAGGCUACUCCUGCAAGUAAUGCAUUGUCCCAUGAGGACCUUGUCGCCCUCACGAAGAGGACACAAGAUGGUGGCACGGAAGUUGUUGAAGCGAAGGCUGGAAAGGGCUCAGCAACAUUGUCGAUGGCAUAUGCUGGUGCAGUUUUUGGAGAUGCAUGCUUGAAGGGGCUCAACGGUGUUCCUGACAUCGUAGAGUGCUCUUUUGUCCAAUCAACUGUAACAGAGCUGCCAUUCUUUGCCUCCAAGGUGAGGCUGGGCAAGAGCGGCGUGGAGGAAGUGAUGGGGCUGGGCGAGCUGUCGGCGUUGGAGAAGGAGGGGCUGGAGAGCCUCAAGGGCGAGCUGCUGUCUUCCAUCGAGAAGGGCGUCAAGUUCGCGCAGGAAAGCUAGGCUGCAACCUGCUCAGCCUAUAACAAUCGGUUCACACUUGAACUCAUGCAAAUUUUUGUUCGACCGCUUUCGUUGCCCCCAAACCCGGGUGUGCCGCGGGGCAUCGAGGCGUCGCCGUGCUCCACAAUAAAAUGUACUACUGGCUUUGAUGUCCCGCCAGACUGAACUGAACCUGUCGUACCAGAAACAGCAGACACCGGUGCCUAUGUGUUCAUGGCAUUCGUACCCGAGAUCACGAAGCGCGAAACCGAAGAUUCUGCGGGCAUUAUAUUUGUGUUGUACGUGCAGGGGCGGGUUUGUCGUUCCUCUUUUAAAUUGUCGACACCGUUUGUUAACCUGCUA